AUGGAUUGCGGAGAUAAUCCUUUUUAUAAAAACAGGCCCUCCACUCGCGUCCACGCGGCUCCCGGGGGAAACUCUUCGAUUUGUUUUGGCGAUGACACACCGCAGCCAGCUGCGCCCCCAGCCCCUUACGCCGCAGCAGCAGCACCUGGGGGCCCCCCAGGGGCCCCCCACCGCCUGCAGCAGCAGCAGCAGCAACAGCAGCAGCAGCAGCAAACGGGCUUUGGGCAGCCCGAGGCGGGCCGCACUUCUGUGAAGGUUCACCAGCCCCCUGGGGGCCACUCCAGCAGUGAGUUAUGA